GGCCUGGAAGAUUCAAACCUCUGUGUUCCCCUCAUCCUCGCUCUUCAGGAACUCUUUGCCCUGAAGGAUCCAUCAUUGCUGAGUCUGGAAAUAUCAGGACUGAUGAGUGCCUUCCCCGAUAUCAGUGAUGAUCACGUCUUGGCAUUACUGGAACUAAGGGGUGACGUAAGCCGUGACAUCCGCCAUACUGUUCUCAGCACAAUGCAGCGUCAGGCCCUCUCUCUUCCAGAAGAUUUUCGUCCGAUUUUUAUCAGUAUCCCUGUCCCUGCCCCUCCCCCUCCAUUUUGCCUCCACCCCAGUUCCUGCGCCUAA